UGUGUGUGUGUGUGUGUGUGUGUGUGUGUGUGUGUGUGUGUGUGUGUGUGAGAGAAGGGUUUCGGAGGAAAGCCGCAGAAAGAAAAAGGGCCGUUUUGAGGAAGUGACGGACGCGGCGCCGGGGGUCUGGUCAGAGGAAGUUUGCCCGAUGCUGGUGCCGAGCUGCCGCUGAACCAAACUUUUUCUCCCCGCGGAGCUUCCAGCGGCACCGCGGGUCGGGUCGGACGGACGGACGGAGCCAGCGGCGGCGGGAGGCGGGAGGCCAGCGGAGCGGCGCUGAGGAACCACUUGAGACCGGGAGAACAGGAAGGAAAGAAGGAAGGAUCGCAGAGGAAUUCCCCCUCCUCCCUCCUCCUCCUCCUCCUCCUCCUCCCUCGUCCUCCUCCUGUUGUGUUUUUCCCGGGAUUCCGCGAUGGGGAAGGAGCAGGAGCUCCUCGAAGCGGCGCGCACGGGGAACCUGGCCGCGGUGGAGAAGCUCCUCUCCGGGAAGCGGCAGACCGCCGGCACCGGGAGCGGGCUGUCGGGCACCGGGGGAAGCGGCGCCGGCGGCGGGCACGGCGCCUCCUCUCACCCGCUCUCCAGUCUGCUCAGUAUCUGGAGAGGCCCCAAUGUGAACUGUGUGGACAGCACUGGAUACAGCCCCCUGCACCACGCCGCCCUCAACGGACACAGCGAGGUGGUGGAGGCGCUGCUGCGAAACGAGGCCUUGACCAACAUCGCCGACAACAAGGGCUGCUACCCGCUGCACCUGGCGGCGUGGAAGGGAGACGAGCACAUCGUCCAACUGCUCGUCCACCAAGGGCCGUCGCACCCCAAACUCAACGAGCAGAGCUCUGUAGAGCAUAAAGAGUUCAAACGCUGUGGGCCCUUUGACCCCUAUAUUAACGCCAAGAACAACGACAACGAGACGCCGCUGCACUGCGCCGCUCAGUACGGCCACUCGCGGGUGGUGCGGCUGCUGCUGGAGGAGCUGACGGACCCGACCAUGCGCAACAACAAGUUCGAGACGCCGCUGGACCUGGCGGCGCUGUACGGCCGCCUGGAGGUGGUGAAGCUGCUGCUCAGCGCUCACCCCAACCUGCUGAGCUGCAACACCAAGAAGCACACGCCGCUGCACCUGGCCUCCCGCAACGGACACCUGCCCGUGGUGGAGGUGCUGCUGGACGCCGGCAUGGACAUCAACUACGAGACGGAGAAAGGCAGCGCCCUUCACGAAGCCGCCCUGUUCGGUAAGACGGACGUGGUGCAGAGACUCCUCGGUGCAGGUAUCGACGUGAACAUCGUGGACAUGAAGGGCCUGACGGCGCUGGACACUGUCAAGGACAUGCCCUCGCAGAAGAGCAGAGAACUGGCUGCUCUCAUUCUCGGUCACAUGACUGGAAAACCCCCCGACAUCGACCUCCCGCCUCCACCCGUACCUCCGCCCCAGGAGAGUCCCAGUCCACGGAAAAAGGGCGAGCUGGAGAAGGUGAGCGAGCUGAUCUCGGGGCUGGCCCCGGGGCCCGAGGAGGAGAGCCCGUACGAGGCGUUGUUCGAAGCCACUUCCUGCCACUCUCUGGACAGCCUGGCCAGCGGCAAGUCGUCCGACAGAGACUCUGGACGGCCGGACAGUGAAGCCGGCAAGAAAGAUCGCCUGCUUCACACUUCACAUCCUGGUCCUGGACACGAGCAGUCGGCGAGCUCAGAGGCCCUGUACACUAACAGCAGUAUCGAUGAAAGAGGCGAGCGGGUGGAGGAGGAUCACACGUACGAGUUGUUGCUGACGGCACAGACCAAAGUCCCACCGCCCGGCCACGAGUCCCACUCCCAUAAAGAUGAGAAAACAACUUCACAGUCUUCCAACAGCGUCCUACCUCAGCGCAGACCCGCUGCCCCCAUCGACCUCAGAGCGCCGAGCAAGACGAAGGACACCCUGCACCCUCACCACGGGCGGGUCGGCCCGCCCCUGUCGGGAGAUAAUUCCCAGCCGAGCCAGGAUCAGGAAGCAGGUGUCCCGGAGCAGUUCACCGGCCUCCUGCACGGAUCCUCUCCCGUCUUCGACUGCCACGAGGAGCCCUUCGGCCUCCCGGUCGUCCCGCCGCCCGCCCAGGUCCAGCAGGAGUCGAGAAAACCUGCCAAAGUAAAAGAGGAAGUAGCAGCAGCAGCAGCCGCACCACCUAGCCGUCCCAGUAUGGCCGCCAUCCUCACAGACUGUGACCCCAAAGCGAUUUACGCGACCGUGAACAAGGAGCACAGGGACUCGGGGGCCGCGUCCGCCGUGAGGAUGCGUCCGCCCAUGGACCUGAAACUGGCCCGGAGUCUGUCCAAGUCCGACUCGGACCUGCUGGUGUCGCCCCCCAGCGAGGAGGACGGAGGACUGGGCAACCGCAGCGAGUCCGUCUCGAACUGUAGCACCGGCAAGAAGAGGCUGGAGAAGUCGCCCUCUUUCACGUCAGAGUGGGACGAGCAGACGCCGAGGGCCGCUCCCGCCACAAAACAGCGAAGAUCUAAUUCCUUCGACAGCAUCGAGAAGAUCAUGACACUGAUUGGUGCCGGCAUCGAUUUUUCCAGAGAUCAGCAGUAUGCUACACCAGGUGCCGCCGGCCGGCUGCUGGACCAGCCCGUGGGCGACUGGCUGGAGCACGUGGGGCUGCCGCAGUACGAGAGCAAGCUGCUGCUCAACGGCUUCGACGACCUGCACUACAUGGGGAGCAACGUGAUGGAGGACCAGGACCUGAGAGAGAUUGGAAUCGUAGACCUGAGUCACAGGAAGAAGAUCCUGCACGCAGCACGUUCCAUACCUAAGGUGAAGGCUCUGGGCUGCGACGGCAGCGGCUCCCUCUCUGCCUGGCUGGAGAAUCUGGGCCUGCACGAGUACCUGCCCAAUUUCCUGGCCAGCGGCUACCGCACCCUGGACUGCGUCAAGAACCUGUGGGAGCUUGAGAUCGUCAACGUGCUGAAGAUCUCCCUGCUCGGCCACAGGAAACGCAUCAUCGCUUCCUUAGCGGAGAGACCGUACGAGGAUCCGCCGGUCAAACCUCCGCGUCUGUCUCAGAUCAGGUGCCAGGACCUGCCGGGCUCUGUGACGUCGUCUCCCCUCAGUCAGGUGGAAUCCUACUCAGGUCGCUCAAUGGACCCGCUGCUGCCCGAUCGAGAGCCCCCGAGGAAGAAAGCGCCGGACGUCGACUACGACGUUGUUUCCCAGAGAUAUCGCAGUGAACGACACAGAUCUCACGAGCGGUAUGAAGAGCGGCAUCGGGAGCCUCGUCUGACCCUGCGGCCUCCCAGCCUGGCGGCGCCGUACACGCCGGUCCAGAACUGGCACCACCAACCCGAGAAACUCAUCUUUGAAUGCUGUGCCUACGAAGCCAAUUACCUCGGUUCCAUGCUGAUCAAGGAUCUCCGGGGAACCGAGUCCACGCAGGACGCUUGUGCCAAAAUGCGGAGGUCGACGGAACAAAUGAGGAAAGUCCCGACCAUCGUCCUCUCCAUCACCUACAAGGGCGUGAAGUUCAUCGAUGCAGCCAAUAAGAACAUCAUCGCCGAGCACGAGAUCCGGAACAUUUCCUGUGCGGCCCAGGACCCGGAGGACCUGUGCACGUUCGCCUACAUCACCAAGGACCUGCAGACCAGCCACCACUACUGCCACGUGUUCAGCACCGUGGACGUGAACCUGACCUAUGAGAUCAUACUGACCCUGGGUCAGGCGUUCGAGGUGGCCUACCAGCUGGCUCUGCAGGCCCAGAGGACCAAACAGCAGCAGUGUCUCCCCGCGGGACCCGGGUCAGAGUCCGGCCGCCCCGUUCCCAAACCGCGAGUCAGUGUGCGCAAGUCGGCGGCGGACGUUGUGGAGCAGGAGGGCGACGCUCAGUCGCAGGGCAGCGCCACGUGGCUCGUGGACUCCAAGGAAUCCAAGCGCACUAUCAGCACUAACCAAGUGUGACUCGCGGUGAAAAACCACGCGUCCGCGCUCCUGGACGGAUCGGACGAGACGCUGCUCCUGUAAUAUUCUAUGCACCGGUGGGAGUGAGCAGACUGUUUGUAGAGGUCACACCGGAUGUUCCUCUGUCAGUGGUCCUGCUCAAAGCCAAAGGAGGAAAAAGAUCGUAGCACUGUGAUGAGAUGCUUUCGAAGGAUCCGCAUGUUUUGUGGUCCAAGAAAAACAGACAAACUCUCUGGCGUGCACCUUUUUUUUUCUUUUUUUUUACCGAUCCAAGUGGCAGGAUUUUAAAACCUGAUGCUUCUUCUGGACUCAACUAACGACAACUAAGCACUUUUUACCAAAAUCCCAGAGUGUGUCAGAACAAGUGCAUCUUCCUCUUGUCUUUUCUUUUCACAACAAACUGCCGUCUGUCUGACGAGAAUCUGUUUGUGUCCAUUUGUUUGGUUUACUUUAUUUUAACCUCACUGCUCUGUGUGUGUGUGUGUGUGUGUCUGUGUGUGUCCCUUCCCCAUAGCUGAACACUGUGGCCCCCUCCCAGCCUGUAAAGAAAAGAGCCCUGUUGCAUGGUGGGUAGGAUGUUUUAUUGGAAAAGUGAUCACCAGAUCACCUCCACCUCACCAAGUCGGAUCGUGCUCGCAGCUCGCCACGGUAACACACACACGAGACCGGUGCCCCGGAGACAGACGGACGCAAAGCUUUCAACACUGCGCACACACACACACACACACACACACACACACACACACCGGGCCGUCAGGAGAGGAACCUGCAGGUUUCAGUGGAGAACUCGUGGUUUGAGAUGAGGAACAUGCUUUUUUGUUGUUGUUGUUGUUGUUAAGGUACAAGCGAUGGGUUCGAGACGUCAUCACACUGUCGGUACACACAUUUAUUCAAACAUCUCUUCACCAACGACUUACUGUACGUACGUGUGUAACUGUGACAAACGGGAGGAAUAUUCUGUAACCAAACUUUUAAAAAAAGGGCCGAGGAACUGACACUACAAACUACUGUUCUUCAGUGAUGUCACAGACGCUGGCUUUUGUGUGAUUUGAACGUUUUCUCUCGACCUAUUAUUUUGUUGGGUUUUUUUUGGUUUUUUGUUGGUAUUUUUUAAUUGUUUUAUCAGACAAUGACGUGUCCGAGCGCAGGAACUGGAUCUCUCUCUCUGUCUCUCCUCACUAACUCCCAGUAGGUUGCCUGUCGAUGGUACUUUUUUUUAUAUUUUAUUUUUGUGUCGGCUCAUGUGUAUAUGGGUACGUAGUCGGGUGGUUUUCUGAUUGAUCUGUUGUAUAUGUUGGUACGUUGUCGUCAGGCCAGUACGUUAACGCUACGGUACGCUGCCUUCAGCUCGCUGGUGUCGGCACCUUCGGCCCGUCGGCCCCGUUCUGCUUUUGCACAUCGAUGACGAUCCAGGAGAUAUAAUCUGGGACUAAUCUGAUGAUGAUGAUGAAAUUGUACAUGAAUCUAGCAGUCUGUAUUUUGAUACUUGAAUGAUUUUUGCUUUUAUAGAUAUCUAUAUAUAUAUAUAUAUAUAUAUAUAUAUAUGUGUGUGUAUAUAUAUAUAUAUAUGUAUGUAUAUGUAUGUAUGUAUGUAUGUAUGUAUAUGUAAUUUUUGACGUUUGUCAAAAGAGAGAAAAGGACUAUGUCUUAUAAACUUAAACAUAUCGUGAAUAAAAUACCCUGUGAUUUAAAAAAAAAAAAAAAGGCUGAGAAAACAAUGACUCAGGAGAGGGACCUCACUUCAGAAAAAGAGAAAAAAGAUUGUAAAUAAUCUUGGGCUUCCAGUCUUUUUUUUAUGAAUAUUUUUCAUAAUUAUACAACUAAUAAAUGGCGCAAUUAGAAAACGC